AUGGCGGGUGAAUCUUCAUCAUCAAAUUCGGGUUCAUCCUCUCCGAGUAAUCUUAUCCGCCUUGCUCCGUUGCAAGCCAGCGAUCUCCCAUGCCAUCCUGACUUGCCAGGCUCCUCGGCCGAGCUGCUCCCCUUCCUCACGGCGCUCCUUGAAGACGGCGUGUCGUUCCUGUCCCCGUCUAGUUUCCAAGCCAAGUUCAAACACCAAUCCACCAAGAUGUCCCCUCCUUCUGCGGCGAAGGUGGAUAUCCUGACACAUUCCAUACCGGCGAGUUCGAUCGCGCAGGUUAAGUGGACAAGACCUUCCUCUGCGCAGAAUCAUAGUGGUGGUGGUGGUGGUGGUGGUGGUGGUGCGGCGAUUUCACGAAGUAAACCCGAGAAAGCCGAGGGCGAGCACUGGUUCGCAAGGCGCAGCGUGCACGCCGACGUCAGCAGCAAGAGCGAGGAGAAGGUCGGGCACGCGAGCUGGGACGAAUUCGUGUUUGGGAUCCGCGACGAGCACAGCAAGCACGAGAUGGAGUUCACACCGCCGCUGUACGACGCGAGGAAGGUGGUCGACUGGGCCGGGCAGAUCAACAAGCUGGACGGCGAGGGUCGGCUGCACGACAAGUUCAGGAACCCGACCAUGGGCGUGUACGAGAUGUGCCAUGCCCUCCCGGCGCCGUUGACGCCGAGGUGUUUCUGCGUCCUGGUCGUCACGGCGAGCAAGGGCCCUGGUGGCGGCGGCGAAGAUGAAGAGAUUGUCGCCGUGACGGUGCCAGUGGACCUGGCUAGUGCAAAUCGUCACCCUGAUGCCGCGAAGAACAAGAAGAAGAAAGUCGGGUUUUACUCGAGUAUGAGGAACCUCAGCGAGGGCGAGGACACCCAGAAAAAGAAGAUUGUGGUCAUGGGUGCCUACACGGCUGUCGAGGUCGUGAGGAGGCACCGCGACACGGAAGAGAUAGAGUGGAUCAUGGCUACCGCGAGCGAUGCCAGAGGAAAUCUGCCAAUGUGGGUGCAGAAGUUGGGUGUACCGGGCGCGAUCGCGAAGGAUGUGGGAUUCUUUCUCAAGUGGAUCAAGGAUGUCGACGAAAGCGAAAUUCUCAAGAGUGCUGCGUGA